GCUGGAGAUUUAAAGACUAACUACACUGAUGGAGAUGGAGUCAGCAGUGAAAGAUGUCUGAAUCCCACCAACUCAAUCCUGAUGGCCAAGAGCUCUUCAUCUCCCUCCCUUGAGGAGAGUGACCAAUAUAUAUAUGUUCCAAAUGAAGGAAAUCAAAGGCCAGUGACAAAUGGAGAAAAUGCAGGUUUAAAACAUACUGUUUCACCAUCUGAUCCAUAUGGAGCAGAUCCAUACCUUCCAUUCAAGACCCAUGGAUUUAUUAAGGAUCGGGGCCAACUUUAUGCUGACAUGAAAAAAAGAAGUUCCAGUCUCGAUGACCUUGAAGUGGAUGGUGGAAGUGGAGGUGUUUCAGACAGAUCCCACACUCACUACGCUCAACUUGACUCUUCCGAGGCUGUGGCUUGUAGCAGAGAUGGAUUAGACUUACCUACCAGUCUGCAGCCCAAGGAAUGCACAGUGUCUGGGAUUCGGUCACGCUCCUAUUCCUGCUCUUCGCCCAAAGGUUUAUUAGGAAGACCUCGCAUUCCUCGGGACUUCACAGUUGGGGAUUCGAAUGAAGAGAGAGCGUACAGUCUGCCUGAGCAGUCCCGAGAGAAAAGGAUACAGGAGGAAGAAUGGAAUAGAUAUACUGUACCCUCAAAAAAUGAGUCUGAAAAAUGUAAAGUGAGUCGAACUUUCAGCUUUCUGAUGAACAGGAUGACCAGCACACGGAAUAAAUGCAAGACAAAAAAUAAAGACACCAAAGAUAAAGAGAAACUGAACAGGCAUAAUUUUACAAAUGGGACUUUUUCAGGAGUUAUCCCAUGUAUGGCCUGUGAAAAGGCCCUCCUAGGAAGGGAGUCACUGCAGUGUUCUUAUUGCAAUGUGGUUGUACAUAAGAGCUGCAAGGAGUGUGCUCCUCUGUGCACCAAGAAAUCCCAGGAGAGGUCCCAUAAUAAAAACAAACCCCAAGCUGGUAUAACAAAUUCCCAGCCUGGAGACAUUUCGCAGAUGGUGCUCUACCCAGUGCAUCCUUCUUCCUCUGUGCCUAUUGGACUGUCUGCUGGAAGGAAGGAAGCCUCACAACAGUCCCACUUCCUGUCCAAAAGUGUCCCCAGUGCCAGUUUUGAAAGAAGAUUCACACCAUUUUUUGAACAAGACUCUGAGAGCAGCAUCUGGAGGUCCAAGUCAGGGUCUGAAGAGAUGUUACAAGCAUUAGGGACCUUUUCUUCAGUAGAUCCUUUUAUGGUGGAAGAUGAUGUGGAUUUAUCUCAGUGGACUGAUCUCCACACAGAUACACAAGAGUUUGAGGCAGAGUCCUGGAGUCUUGUUGUGGAUCCAGCGUUCUGCAGCAAGCAAGAAAAGGAUGUCAUCAAGAGGCAGGAUGUCAUUUUUGAGCUGAUGCAAACAGAGGUGCAUCACAUCCAUACCCUGUUCAUUAUGUCUGAAAUAUUCAGGAAAGGGAUGAAGGAAGAACUCCAGCUGGACCACAGCACAGUGGACAGAAUAUUCCCCUGUUUAGAUGAGCUGCUGGAGAUGCACAGGCAAUUCUUCUGCAGAAUGAAGGAGAGACGGCAGGAAUCGUGUGAGGCAGGGAGCGAACGUAAUUUUGUCAUCAGCAGAAUUGGAGAUAUACUUUUGCAGCAGUUUUCAGAAGAAAAUGCAACUAAAAUGAAGAAAAUAUAUGGAGAGUUUUGCAGCCAUCAAAAAGAAGCUGUUAAUCUCUUCAAAGAGUUGCAACAAAACAAGAAGUUCCAGAAUUUCAUUAAACUGAGAAAUAGUAACCUGUUGGCGCGACGCCGAGGAAUCCCCGAGUGCAUUUUGCUUGUCACCCAGCGAAUCACCAAAUACCCUGUUCUGGUUGAAAGGAUAUUGCAGUACUCAAAAGAAGGAACAGAAGAACAUAAAGACCUGUGCAAAGCCCUUCAUCUAAUUAAGGACAUGAUUGCAGCAGUAGAUUUGAAAGUGAACGAAUAUGAGAAAAAGCAAAAGCUGUUGGAAAUUCUCAGUAGAACUGAAAACAAAACAUAUACAAAGCUGAAAAAUGGUCAUGUUUUUAGGAAGCAAGACUUGAUGAAGAAAGAGAGAAUUCUUCUUCAUGAAGGUCUAGUGUACUGGAAGACAGCGACCGGUCGUUUUAAAGAUACCUUAGCUCUGCUUCUAACUGAUGUACUACUAUUCUUACAAGAAAAAGAUCAAAAAUACAUCUUUGCAGCUGUUGACCAGAAGCCUUCCGUUAUCUCCCUUCAGAGGCUCAUAGUAAGAGAAGUAGCCAACGAAGAGAGGGGGAUGUUUCUGAUUAGUGCUUCUUCUGCGGGGCCUGAGAUGUAUGAAGUUCAUACCAACUGCAAAGAGGAACGGAACAACUGGAUGAGGCGUAUUCAAGAUGCAGUGGAAAGUUGUCCAGAGGAAGAAGAAGAAGAAGGAAAAAUGAGUGAAUCUGAUGAGGACAGACGUAUUGCUGAGGCCAAAGCAUCCAGAAUUCAGAAAUGUCAAGAAUCACUGAGUAACCAGGACCAGCAGAUCUGUAGUUAUUUGGAAGAGAAGUUGCAUAUCUAUGCAGAACUGGGACAUAUGAGUGGGUUUGAGGAUGUUCAUGUAGAACCUCACCUUCUUAUCAAACCUGAUUCUGGAGAAACUCCACAGGCUGCUUCAUUGCUGGCAGCAGCACUCAGAGAAGUUGAAAGUCUCCAUGUUGCUGUAACAACAUCGCAAGUGAGUGAAACAGACAAAUCACCAGAGGAAAGUAUUGAGGAAUUAGGUGUGAAGCACAGAUUUAGUGCCGGUGAAAUCUUGGAGUCUGUUCCUGAUGAUGCAGAAAUAAAAGAAGUGGAAGAGUCAUCUGAAGUCUAUCACAGUGUUGAAAAGGAAGUGGCAGGUGCCAAUCUAGAGAAUAAGGGAGAAAGUAUGAGUUUCCCAGGAUCUACAGGGACAGAGAUUGUACAAGCAAUCCAGAACUUAACCCGUCUCUUGUACAGCAUACAGGCAGCACUAGCUAUCCAGGACAGCCACAGAGAGCUUCAUAGGUUACUCCUGCAAGAGAAUGAGAAGAGUGGUCGAGGCCAUGGUUCUCGGCUAAACCUCCUUCUGGAACAAGAAAAACACCGGAAUCUGGAAAAACAAAGGGUGGAGCUAGCCAACAUACACAAACUGAAGCAGCAAUUUCAGCAAGAGCAGCAGCGAUGGCUGCGUGAAUGUGACCAGCGACAGCGGGAGCAGGAGGUGAGGGAGGGCUGGCUGCGGCAGCGGGAGAGGGAGUGCGGGUGCCAGGAGGAGCUGCUGGAGAGGAGCCGACAGGGACUGGCGCUGCAGCUGCAGGAGUACCAGCAAAGCCUGGAGAGGCUCCAGGAGGGCCAGAAAAUGGUGGAGAGAGAAAAAGACCGCGUGAAAAUGCAGAAGAUGCUCCUCUGGCACUGGAAGCAUGGUCAACAAAGUAGCCUGUUGUCAUCCACAGGGAGCUAUGAGAUAAUGGGACAUAACCAAUUGGACAGCUUAUAUGGCGAAAAUACGUUCUACUUAAAUGAAGCUGUAGUGUGUGUGUCUCUAGGCAGUCUCAACAGAUCAGAUUCUUCUCUCAUUUAUGACGAUGGUGUGUAUGGGCUGAGCAUCUCAAAUUCUGAUACAGCAAAGACUAGCGAAAAUCAGGUGGACCUCAAAAUGGACGCUUCUUGUCAGCCAGUGUUAACCACUGCACUGUGGAAAUCCACUGGUCCUUACCAGCAGAUGUCUUUUUCCUGCAAAAGCAACAAGGAUGCCUUUAAUAAUGAUCUGAAUGCAUCAGAGACCCAGGAUCCCCAAGCAAGCAUUCCAAACCAGGGAUCCAUCCAGCAACCACGGGUAGAUGCACUGCUGCUGAACCACCAACCUGAGAACCUGCAGGAUGCAGAGAGUGGAGGCAGAGGAGAGGAGAGGGUUGUUUACCUCUGA